AGUGAGAUAGAGAGAGGGGGGGGGGGCUGCUGUGUCCUGUGGAGCAGCUGGUAGUCCAUUGCUAACUACAGCGUGUAUGUCACCCUCUUGUUGCUGUGUCCUCAGCCCUGACUUUCUGUCCGAGUGCACGUCUCUUACUCUAUUUCAACAUCUGUCUCUCACCUACAACUUUCAACACUUUACAGAGAGGAGCCAGUGGCCGGUUUUCAGUCUGGAGGGCAAGGUCCCAGCAGUGUCCAGAGGGGAUGACAGUGGUGAGGUCAGUUCCCUGUCUGGAGAGCAGAAGCCUGAUUGGCUGGGCCUUGCCACGCUGCAGCUGAGCCAGGGAGACAGUGGCGGGUCUGGCCCCUGGCAGACAGAGAGCAGCCUGGUAGAGUCCUGGUCCACCGUGGGAGACAUUAUGGACACCGAGGACACCAAGAGCCUGGACAGCAGCGACGGAGUGGUCCACCUAGCUGAGGAGCGCAGCGAGAACCACUCCUCCAUCUCCGACAUGGUCCACCUAGCUGAGGAGCGCAGCGAGAACCACUCCUCCAUCUCCGACAUGGUCCACCUAGAGCGGGAGGAGGAGGAGAUGCUGGGAGAGGAGGAGGAGGAGGAGGAGGACGGGAGCCUGGGGGAAGAGGAGGAGCUGCAGGCCAGUGUGAUGAGUGUGCUUGGGGGAGAAGGAGAACUGGCUGAGCUCAGGGAAGAGGAGCUGGACACCCAGGAAUUAUUACCUUCAUCUGAGGUGUCAGCUGACCACCAAGAGACUAUGGAUUUAAUGAUGUCUGUGGCUGAGGAGCUAUUUGUCCAAGAGGAGCCUGCUGAAGUAUCCCACGCCACCACCGUCUCUAUGCCCAUGCCAGUUUGGAAGCUAGAGCCCCCCUCUGCCUCCUCUACUCCUGUCCCCUCAAUACCUACACUAUCUGAGUUACAUUCAGAACUCCAAUACUCUAUGCAGGAGCAGCUCCACCCUCCCCCGGUCCUCGGACCAGGAGCACCACAGCCACCAGAUGAGAGACAAACUAACAGCCAACCAGAGUCCUCGGUCUCGCUCCACGCUGCCCAGGAGACACAGGAAAUCCCACCAGUGACGCAGGAGGUUCCGCCAGAGAAGACAGAGGCUAAGCCUGCUACAUGGCUCCCUGCCACUGAGCUACCUGUGCUGCUGUGUGGGGGCGCUGUAAUGGUGGCUAUUGUGGGAGUGUUAGCUUAUGGGGCUGUGGCCUACUGCAGAAAGUAGCAAACCCCUAACCUGUGAACCCCAGCAGCCAUAUAACCCAGGUCGUUUCAAAUCUACUCUAAACUAUUCCACCAAGUACAUACUGGAUUUUACACAAUGAAUUUCUUUGCAUCUAUGUAGUAUUAUGAAGGUUGGUUGCAUUUUUUUAUCUAUUUCCUGUGCUAACUCAGUUCACAGAAGAGCUCAGGAGAUUUGGAAGAGCAAUACUUUUGGUUUCUCUGUAAAUUCACAGGACAUUACACUUAAAAUAUCUUAAAAAUCA